CUGAACAGCAGAGAGCAGACAGAACAGACAGAACAGCAGACAGAGAGCAGACAGAACAGCAGACAGAGAGCUAAAUACUGUCCUUAUACAGAGAGCUGUUAUUGAUUAUUGAUCGAGAGAGGACAUAGUUUUAGAUUCUAACCUUCACUCAGUGGGACAUUUGGAUUUGACUCAGUUUCACAUCUGUUUAUUGUGUGAGUCAUAACGGCAGCCGUGAUGGCGCCGGUGUUAACCACGUCCAGCAGGAACUAUGAUUACGACUACGACACAGUCCAGCCCUACUUCUUCCUGGAUGGCGAGGAGGAGGAAUUCUACCCGCCGCCCCGCAGCCAGCUCCUCCCAGGCCCCGGCGAGGACAUCUGGAAGAAGUUCGAGCUGCUGCCGACGCCCCCUCUAUCCCCCAGCCGGGGACCCUCCCUGUCCGACGUCCCCCUCUCCGCCGCCGAACACCUGGAGGCGGUGUCCGACCUGCUGGACGAGGACUGCAACCCCUCCGCGGCCUUCCUCCAGUCCUUCAUCAUCCAGGACUGCAUGUGGAGCAGCAGCUUCGCCGCCGCCACCAAGCUGGAGAGGGUGGUGUCCGAGAGGCUGGCCUCGCUCCGGGCCCGUCGGGACUCCUCCACGACAACCAACAGCGCAGCAGCUGAUCGGCAAGCCGGCGGCUCUCAGGUGAACACGGGGUACCUGCAGGACCUCCACACUGCGGCGACAGACUGCAUCGCCCCCUCUGCGGUGUUUCCGUACGCCACGCCGAGCGAGAAGAACGGCGACGGAACGGCGAUGGAGGUGGCGUCAGAACUGUGUCUGGACUCACCGCCUCUCAGCAGCAGUGACAGUGAAUCAGAAGAAGAAGAAGAAGAGGAAGGAGAGGAAGAAGAAGAGGAAGAGGAAGAAGGUGAGGAGGAAGAAGAGGUCGACGUGGUGACGGUGGACAGGCGGAAGGCGUCCCGGCGGUCAGACACCGGCAGGAGACCGGACGCCUCCUCGCUGGUCCUGAAACGCUCUCACAUCAACAUCCACCAGCACAACUACGCCGCCCAGCAGCCACCAGCGACCCUCCGACAGCCUGCCGGGAAACGGGCGAAGCCGGAGGAGAGCGGCUGCCCGGCGCCGAGGCAGAGCGGCGGCGGCGGCCGGCGGUGCUGCAGUCCUCCUCGCUCCGACGGCGAGGACGGCAGCGACAAGCGUAGGACUCACAACGUGCUGGAGAGGCAGCGCAGGAACGAGCUGAAGAUGAGCUUCGUGGCUCUGAGGGACGAAGUCCCGGCGGUGGCCGACAACGACAAAGCGGCCAAAGUGGUGAUCCUGAAAAAGGCCACAGAGUUCGUCUUUGAGAUCCGACAGGACGAGAGGAGGCUGCUGACGAUGAAGGACGAGCUGAGGAAGAGGAGCGGAGAGCUCAAACACAGACUGGAGCAGCUGAGGACUUUACGUUAACCCUUCACUAGUUUAGUUUAUUCGAUAUUGUGUCAAUAAUUAUGAAUUAUUUAGUGUCAUAGGGUCAUAAUGUGACCUGAACAGGAACUACAAGGACCAUAAUUCCCUGACAGCUGGUCUGUCAUCAGUCACACUUCUUUGUAUUUAUUUUGUUUUUAUUGACAACUUCUGCACAUGUUAAGUUUUGUUUAGAAGUCAGAUGUUGGAUCAGGAGAAAUACAUUUAUAUUCAGCAUCUGACCGUGUGUCGUAACUAGGGAUGCACCGAUACCGAUACUGUGCUCAUGUACUCGUACUCCCCAAACAGCUCCGAUACCACUUUACGGCAGCGUGACGUUAAUCUCUUG